GAAGCUACAAAACAAAAGCCGACGUUCUUACACGAAGCUUCUCUCUCUGCACACCAACUUGUCGAGAAAGCUGCAACCACAGCAACAACAAAAUAACAACGCUACAUAAUACCAACACUACAGAACUUGUUGCAAAUAUACAUCCGUCUCCAUUUUUGAAUAUACCCCUACAGCCCCUCUUCAAAAUGAACUCGACUGUUCGAGGCUUCUCAACCGCGGCGAGAGUGCACCCGCCCUUUUUGCCACAUCUCCGCCCAUCGCCGCGCCGAGCCCCGAUCCGACGCUGGCUAAAAACCGCCGUCGUAAUCACUGCCGUCGGCUACGCCUCCAAAUCCUACAUCGACACCACCCGCGCUCAGCGCCGCGCAACUGCUCUGGCCCUCGAAAACGACUCCCUCGAGAGGCAGCGCAUCAUGGACAGCAUGUACGGCGGGCGCGAGAGCCUGGAGGAUCUGGAGAAGGGCAUUGCAGAGUAUGGGAAGAGGUAACCACUGAGGAAAGAAAAAAACCAACAACAACAACAAAAAACGAAAAUCAAUUUGUUAUACACAAAAUACGUCGAGGCAUUCGGGUGGGGGGGAUUUGCAUCAGAGCCAAGGGGUGCCCUUGAGCGAGCAUACAUGGGACUGGGAGUUUUCAUAUAUACACUGGCCGGGCAUUAUUAUAUUUCUUUUGUUUGAUGGACUGAAAGGGACUGGGGGAAAGGAGUUUUCGUGGCUGGCAUUAUUCUACAUCGACAUAUACAGAUCCGCGGCAGCGGGCGAAUUGAUGGCUUCAUCGCCAACUUCACUC